UCCUUAUCCUCGCCCUCAUAACCCAUCAUUUCCUCCCCGCGUCUAAAGACUAUCUCUUUCCUUCUUUCCCCCGGACGCCGUUCGAUAUAUCCCAUGGUAGAAUAUGCUAUUGAGCUCGAGCUUCAGAUAUUGCCUUAGAUCUCGACCAACAGGACGGAGCUCCCACGUACCUUGGUCGCAGUAACCAGCAACAACUAACAACUGUGCCUGGCGUCGUCGUCAUCCGCCAAUUCUUUCCCCUUCUUCGACUUAUCGACUCCCCGCGAUCGUAACCACCGGGUUUUUCUGCCUGCUCCCGACUUCACAAUCAUGGCGACUGGCUCGGGCACAUCCGCCCUGUUGCCAUCACCAGAGAUAUCCAUUGGUCUUCAUGGCGAUGACUCUCGUCCGUCGUUGACCCCUCAUGUGCACAAACCGAGUACACCGGAAACCCCUGGCCCUUCCGAGGCCUUCCACAGCCCCCUACGCCACCAUCGCCGCACCCCCUCGGCUCAUCGUGAAGUGAAGGAAACCCUUGAUGCUCGCACCGAAUAUCCCGGUGAAGGUGACGACGCUUCACAUCAUCACCGCAUCAACCAGUAUAUCAUCAAAGAGGAGAUAGGCCGCGGAUCAUACGGUGCUGUCCACCUAGCAGUCAACCAGUAUGGCACCGAAUACGCCGUGAAAGAGUUCUCCAAAAUGCGUCUACGUAGACAAGCUCGCUCCACCUUAAUGCGCCAGGGCCCGCGCCGUCCCCAUGGCUUCCCAGGCGGCGGCCUCAACGGGCCCCUAUCCCACCGUCUUCCCGGCACGCCAGCCGCCUCCCGCGAGGACCGCUCCGACUCGCUCUGCUACAUCAGAGAGGAGAUUGCCAUCAUGAAGAAACUCAACCACCCGAAUCUUGUCCAGUUGAUAGAGGUCCUCGACGACCCCGAAGAGGACUCCCUCUGGAUGGUCCUCGAGAUGUGCAAGAAAGGAGUCGUCAUGAAGGUUGGCGUCGGCGAGACCGCCAAGCCUUACGACGAGGAGUCUUGUCGCUGCUGGUUCCGUGACCUCAUUCUCGGCAUUGAGUACUUGCAUGCCCAAGGCGUCAUACACCGCGACAUCAAGCCCGACAAUCUCCUGCUGACUGAAGAUGAUGUAUUGAAGGUUGGCGAUUUCGGUGUAUCCGAAAUGUUUCAAAAACCCAGCGAGAUGAUGACGGCCAAGUCGGCCGGCUCGCCCGCCUUCCUACCCCCCGAACUGUGCGUUGUCAAGCAUGGGGAUGUCUCGGGCAAAGCCGCCGACAUCUGGUCCAUGGGUGUUUCACUGUACUGCUUACGCUACGGAAGCCUACCCUUUGAUCACUACGGGGUGGUGGAGAUGUACGAAGCUAUCCGGAACGACAGUCCCGAGAUACCUGAAAAUGAGAACCCCGAGUUCGUCCAUCUCCUCGGCAGGAUACUUGACAAGGACCCAGCAAAGCGCAUUGUGAUGGCCGAGUUGCGAGAACAUCCCUGGGUGACGAAGAGCGGCAUCGACCCUUUACUCCCGGCCGGGGAAAACUGCGCACAACUUGUCGAGCCCCCAAACGAGUUGGAGCUAAGUCGGGCUUUCACCCGCAAGAUGAACCAUCUCUUCUACGUUAUGAAAGCGAUUCGGAAGUUCCGAGCCAUCCUCGCAAGAUAUAGGACCGAGGGACCGAAAAGGCGAUCCAGGGACCUACAGACUCGAACUCGGCAAGAAGAAGCUUCCGGCGUCGACGAAGAGCAGGCCGGGACCAAUGAAAUCCAGUCCCUCGUGGAGCGGCGCCGUAUGUUCCUCAGCCGGCACAGCAAGGACGGCCAUAGCCACGGCCACGGCGACCAACCCGGAGCCCCGCCCGAACUCAUGGCAGGAAAGGAACCCCUCUUCCUAGGCGUCGGCACCGGCGCCAACGACGACUUCGCCGCCAACCCAGCCCCGCCCGUCGAUGCCGUUGUUUCCGAGUCCCCCACAAACGUCGAUUUUGACGUCUACGACCGCGCCUACGAGGUCGAUGUCGAACGCAUCAUGGCCCGCCGGGCGAGGCGGCCGACUUUGUACCUCAACCGGUUGGUGGAGGAGCGCGAGCCGUUCCAGGCCAUCUCCGAUGUCGUGGAGGGGCAGCAGCAGAGGGGCGAAGGCAAGCUGGCGGAUAGUUUGCCGAAGAACAUGACGGUAGGUGAAUGACGUGGCCCGCGUCCCUGGAACGAGAACCCGAGACGGUGGGGGGGGUUGUCAUUGUCGAUCGACGCGAAAGAGCUGUGUGUGAGAAAGCGUGUCGGAGGAUUCCCGGAUGUAAUAGUGUCGGGGGGGGGAAGGUCGCAUGGAAGUAUGGUUUUGAUGAGAAAUGAAGACACAACGAUCCCUAGCAUGCAUGCCGUGUUCAUGUCUUUGCGCCCGCACUCUUCCUUUCCGGCUACUCCUACAAUCAAAGUCUCGGUGGUAUUUUUGGGCGUGUUGAUAUUUAGCCAUCGUUGAAGAAUGACGCCAGCAAGGGGGUUGUCCUGUGGCCUGAUAGGGGAGUCUGCAUCGUGGGUGGUACCGCAUGAAUUAGAUGGCCGCUUAUCUAUGCGGCCGUGUCUCUCCGGCCCGAGACCUAGGGGUUUAAGUCAAACAAACCAGAAUAUUAAAGGGGUUACCGUUUUUCUCCAGCGGGAAAG